AUGAGCCCAUCCUCCCACCAGGGGUGGGGGACGAAGCUUACCUGUGGCAUACAUUCAGGAGUACACUUCACCCCCCAUCCCCCAAUCAGGAGUACACUUCACCCCCCAUCCCCCAAUCAGGAGUACACUUCACCCCCCAUCCCAAUCAGGAGUACACUUCACCCCCCAUCCCCCAAUCAGGAGUACACUUCACCUCCCAUCCCCAAAUCAGGAGUACACUUCACCCCCAUCCCCCAAUCAGGAGAACACUUCACCCCCAUCCCCCAAUCAGGAGUACACUUCACCCCCAUCCCCCAAUCAGGAGUACACUUCAUCCCCAAAUCAGAAGUACAUUUCAUCCCCAAAUCAGGAAUACAUUUCACCCCCAUCUCCAAAUCAGGAGUACACUUCACCCCCAAUCCCCAAAUCCUGGUACAAUUCACCCCCCAUGCCCAAAUCAGGAGAACACUUCAACCCCCAUCCCCCAAUCAGGAGUGCACUUCACCUCCCAUCCCCAAAUCAGGAGUACACUUCACCCCCAUCCCCCAAUCAGGAGAACACUUCAACCCCCAUCCCCCAAUCAGGAGUGCACUUCACCCUCAUCCCCCAAUCAGGAGUGCACUUCACCCCCAUCCCCCAAUCAGGAGUACACUUCACCCCCAAUCCCCAAAUCCUGGUACAAUUCACCCCCCAUGCCCAAAUCAGGAGAACACUUCAACCCCCAUCCCCCAAUCAGGAGUGCACUUCACCCUCCACCCCCAAAUCAGGAGUACACUUCAUUCUUCAUCCACCAAUCAGAAGUACACUUCACCUCCCAUCCUCAAGUCAGGAGUACACUUCACCCUCCACCCCCAAAUCAGGAGUACACUUCACCCUCCACCCCCCAAAUCAGGAGUACACUUCACCCUCCACCCCCCAAAUCAGGAAAACACUUCACACUCUUGUUCUCUCGUCCUGCUGUUAAUCUAUACCAUCAGGAGUUACAGACCUAUAGACAAUGAGAUCUGAAUGCAGCAUGACAUCGUUCUUAGCCCCACGUCUACCUACCUACCUAUCUGUCUGUCUGUCUGUCUGUCUGUCUGUCUGUCUGUCUGUCUGUCUGUCUGUCUGUCUG